UAAUGAAUUCUAUAAAGGAUGGCAAAAGUCCACACGUCUCGUAAUCCGGAGCUCGUGCCCGGUAUUGGCCGAUACAGUCGCUCAGCUGUUUACAAAAAGAGAGCACUGUACAAGAGGAAGAAGACAGGUGUCAAGAAAGUAGUUAAGGAACAGGAGAAGUUCAAGCGUAAGGAGAUUGGUGGAGACAAAAAUGGAGGUUCUAGGGUUGUUCCUGUUAAACGAGAGUCUCGCUUUUACCCAACUGAAGAUGUGCCUAAGCCAUUGGCCCACCGCAAGAAGCCUGGCAAGGCCAAACUAAGACCAACCAUUGUUCCUGGCACUGUUCUCAUUCUCCUUGCUGGAAAUCACCGAGGAAAGAGAGUCGUAUUCUUAAAGCAAUUGGAAUCUGGUCUUCUUCUAGUUACAGGACCCUACAAAGUAAAUGGUGUUCCCUUAAGAAGAGUUGCUCAAACAUACGUCAUAGCAACAUCAACCCUUCUUGACAUCAGUAAGGUUACUUUACCUGACAACCUUAAUGACGAUUACUUCAAACGGGAGCCCAAGAAGAAGAAGAGAUCUGAAGAUAUGUUUGAAGAUACUGAGGAAGACAGAAAAGUGAGCGACAAGCGUAUUGAGGACCAAAAGACAGUAGACGAUCAAGUACUACCUUUAAUCUCCAACGUUGCGCACAUGAAGAAGUAUCUUAAGACUCUUUUCUCUCUGCGAAAGGGCCAAUACCCACAUGAAAUGAAGUUCUGAGCAAGCCAGACACUAUUAAAUCAAUAAAAACUUGUGCAUAA